AUGGCUUUGGCACUUCUCUUCUCACCUGAACAACUUAAGAAUAAUAACGAAGAUAUAAACGAUGUCCUUGACCAGCUUCUUCAACAUGCCAUCGACGCUGCGAAUAACCAGCGUUUUCGUGACACGACUGGGUUUCACGUUAGUGAACCUUUGGCUGUCAUGGUCAAAUUAUUUGUUGUGGAUGAGCGAACGCUCGACUACAUCCUCUGUAAUGCAAAAACUGACCCUCCAUCAGACAUAUCAUCAACCAUUAGUCAAUUAAGUUGGCUUCUCGUUGUUUUUUACAAUGCACGAGAAAAAAACGAUCAACUUACACAAAUCACGUUGAUCGCGAUAAUGAACAUUCUGUGGAGUAUUUCAUUCCAAGCUCAAUAUAGACCCUAUUUGAGCAAUGAUAAUAAAUUAGCUAUGUUUAUCAUUACGGAUUUAGCCAAAGGUGAUUAUGAAGAAAGCACUCAUUGGUACAAACCACGUUCAAUGGAAAGUAUACGAAACGCUGCUCGUGGUAUUCUUGAUAAUCUUGGUAAAACAACUGAUGGUAUUGAUAGAGAAAUAGAUGAUAGUUCGAAUCGAAUUAGCACGGCUAAAACUGAUGCGAAUCCUAUCGUAAAGUCAUCUAUCAUGAUCAGUUAUUGUCAUGAAAAUAAAGAAUUCUGUGGCAAAUUGCUCGAACUAUUGUCAACUUAUUCCGAUAAAUUCGAUGUGUGGAUUGAUCAAAACCAUUGUCAAUCAGCCAGUGAUCUAUGGGAAUCGAUUGCUAUUGGAAUGGAAGAAGCUCAAAUUAUUGUCUGUCUUGUCUCUAAUCAUUAUUUUCAGAGUAAAUCAUGUCGUCGAGAGUUGACCUAUGCUGUAGAAACACUAAAGAAACCUGUCGUACCUGUACUGCUGGAAAGUAUUGAACCUAAAGGAUGGUUGGGUAUUCGAAUUUCGGGUGUGAAGUAUGUACGUUUCAAAGAUAUCAAACAGCUAAAUCAAACUAAAACGGACGACUUAUUAAAUACUAUUCUUGAAUCACUUAAAAGUUCACAAAACUUAGCUGAAAAUCCACCUGUUAUUCGACCAAUUUUCAAGAAAAUGCUAGCAGAUGAGCCAGCGCCAAUAAGUCGCAAGAAUUCUAUUGGCAAUACAACACUAUUACCAUUGGACAAAUGGUCAUCGGCAACCAUCGACGACAUCAAACAAUGGUUUUCUCAUCAUCACAUUUCAGUUAAACUUCAAGAUCUGUACAAUUUUCAGACGGGCCAAGAAAUGCUUCAAUAUGCUCAAAUGCUGAUCACAAUUCAUCUUAGAUUCAGUGGAAAUAACAUUGGCAUGAGACAUUGUUUAUUAAGUUCAGUUUCUUUACCAAAUGGUUCAAAGCAAAUAUCUUUCUUUUUCAAAGUUACCGCUUGUUAA